AUGGCGCCACCGGGUGUAAGCAGCUCCUCAGAAGUAGUCAGCCCAUCGUCGACAGCACAUAAAAUGAGCGGAGCCGAAGAAAAGAGGAUCGUCGUGUUGGACGGCGGUUUCGCUACCCAACUAAGCUGUCACGUUGACAAGCAAAUCGAUGGAGAUGUUUUGUGGAGCUCCAGGUUCCUGGCAACCGACAAGGAGGCCGUCAUCAACUCCCAUUUGGACUUUCUUAGAGCUGGUUCCGAUAUAAUUAUGACGAAUACAUAUCAAGCAGACGUAAAAUUAUACGCCAAGCACCUAAAUAUGACAGAAGAAGAAGGAUACGAAUUGAUCAAGGAAUCCGUGGAAUUGGCAAGAACUGCAAUUAAAAGAUACUCUGAGGAACACCCAUUCUCCAGACAGCCUAAAAUAGUGGGUUCUGUGGGUCCUUAUGGUGCCUCACUACACGACGGUUCCGAAUAUACAGGGUCCUACGCGAAAACCACUCCAAAAGAAGUAAUUAGAGACUGGCAUUUACCCAGAAUAUCUGCCCUUGUGGAAGCUGGUGUCGAUAUGUUGGGAUUGGAAACCAUACCUUGUAAAAUUGAAGCCCUUGUGCUAAUUGAGAUGUUAAAAGAAAAAUUUCCUCAUGUCAAAGCCUGGCUAUCAUUUAGUGUCAGCCAAGACGGAAAGACAAUUGCAAACGGCGAAGAUUUUCAAGAUACAGUAAAGUAUUGUUAUGAUCUGAACCCACGUCAGUUGAUAGCAGUUGGUGUUAACUGUGUAGCACCAAGUUUGGUUGAAAAACUCAUAAAUGGAAUAAACAAGGACAGAAAAAAGAAUCCCAUCCCAUUAAUUGUUUACCCAAAUAGUGGAGAAAGUUACAAUGUAGAAGUGGGAUGGAUAAAUAGAGACAAAUGUGAACCAGUGGAAACCUAUGUUGGUAAAUGGUUGGACAUGGGUGUGACAUGGAUAGGCGGUUGUUGCAGAACCUAUGCCAUAGAUGUUACCAGAAUAUUAAGAGAAGUCGAAAAAUGGAAAAGAAACCAACUGAAAAACCAAGGAACAUCACAACAAACCUGA